UAAAUAAAUGCAUUAACUACAAUACCCACAAUUCAGCUGCAAAGUACACACGUCAACGUAAGACGUCAGAGUCACAACAAGGAAGUGGAUGCUCAUGUUUUCUUGUACUAAGCUUCUUAUAAAGAGGGACAGUCGGUUUUGUAAAAGGACGCAUUUAAAGAUUACGCUGAUCUUGUUCUGUAAAUCAAAACCUCUAUCGGUCGUGUUAUCUGGAUAUAUAAUAAUAAGUUAACUACGAGGAUAAAAACGAUGAUAAAUUAUUUGAACGGGUGAUAGUAUUUUAGAUAGUUCUGCUCUUCCAUUCAUUCGUCAACGAGACAGAGUCCCCGGUUUCUAUUGGCAGAUCCCACUGAAGUCACAUACAGACCCAGCUCAGUGUUCACCCUCAAAAUGAAGAUGAUCACCUUCCUCCUGGUGGGACUGAUAGUCCACGUGAUCUUCUUCGUCUCUAUCUUUGACAUCUACUUCACCUCUCCCCUGGUCCACGGCAUGACCCCCCAGGCCACACCGCUGGCCCCCCCUGCCUCCAGACUGGUGUUGGUGGUAGCCGAUGGCCUCAGAGCGGACAGUCUCUUCACACCGCUCCCCGACGGCUCAUCGAGAGCACCAUACUUAAGGAAUGUGAUGGAGGAGAGAGGUACCUGGGGGGUUUCACACACACGCGUGCCCACUGAGUCUCGUCCCGGUCACGUUGCUCUCAUUGCUGGCUUCUAUGAGGACGUGAGUGCUGUUGCUAAAGGCUGGAAGGAGAAUCCUGUAGAGUUUGACUCUGUGUUUAAUGAGAGCAGACACACCUGGUGCUGGGGCAGCCCUGAUAUUCUGCCAAUGUUUGCUAAAGGUGCCAGUGGAGACCAUGUGUAUACCCACACAUACCCAGCAGUGGAGGAAGACUUCGCCUCCACAGACGCCUCCAGGCUGGACAGCUGGGUGUUCACUCAAGUCAAAUCAUUCUUCCAGUCAGCCAAGUCUAACUCCAGUCUGAGGGCCAGUCUACUGGAGGAUCAGAACAUCUUAUUCCUGCAUCUGCUGGGCAUCGACACAAACGGACAUGCUCACAGACCAAUGUCGAAGGAGUACCUCGACAAUAUUGGACUGGUAGACACUGGUGUAGCUGAUCUGGUGUCUAUGGUGGAAGACUUCUUUGAUCAUGAUGGAAGAACAGCUUACGUGUUCACAUCUGAUCAUGGCAUGACAAACUGGGGUUCCCACGGAGCAGGCCAUCCCUCUGAGACUCUCACACCUUUAGUGGCGUGGGGAGCCGGAGUUAAAAAUGCCCAAAAAGUCACCGCAGCCCAACCAUACAACGAUGGAUUCUUACAAGAUUGGAAACUGGAGCACCUUCAAAGAGUUGACGUCAAUCAAGCAGACAUCGCUCCCCUCAUGGCUUCUCUCAUUGGUGUGCCCUUUCCUGUUAACUCUGUUGGUGUGUUACCUCUUCUCUACCUUAACAACAGUGACCAGUUCAAGGCGGAGAGCAUUUACACUAAUGCUAUUCAAGUACUGGAGCAGUACAAGAUGAAAAUGGCUCAGAAAAAGGAGACAACUUUGUCAUUUCUCUUCACCCCAUACCAACUCCUGACUGAGUCAAAACAAGCUGAAUUCUUCCACAAGGCCAGAAUACUGAUUCAGCUGGAGAAGUAUGACGAUUAUAUCUCUCUGUGCCACUCUCUGAUAUCGAAUGCUCUGGAGGGCCUGGUGUACUACCACACCUACGACAGGUUCUUCCUGGGUUGCAGCGUAGUGCUCGGGUUCAUAGGCUGGACCUCAUAUGUUGUGCUCGUGAUACUGAAGACUCACGCCAGCCUCGACCGUCACCCCAGUCUCCUCAAUCAGAAUCGCAGCCACACUUUGGCGAGGCUGUGUAUCUGUGUGACGGUGGUGAUCACUGUGUUCCUGCUUAUCCAAAGGAGCCCCGUUACCUAUUAUAUUUACUGCCUGCUGCCUGUUCCUGUGUGGUACUCUGUGCUAAAAGAGUAUAGAACUCUGACAGAUUUGGUUCGCUCGGCUCCCUCUCUGCCACUGUGGAAAUGUCUUGGCUAUCUUGUGCUGGUGGCGUUUGGAAUCGAGCUACUGGUGGUGAGUUUCUUCCAUCGCGCCAUGCUGACUGUGGGCCUGGCUGUGCUCUCGCUCUGGCCCUUCCUCUCGGGACUUUUUGGAAAAGCCAAGUUCCGCUCAGUGAGCUGGUGUCUGGGCUGUCUGUGUUUGGCGGCUUUCCCCCUGAUGCCUGUUGUGGGCAGAGAGCCGAACAUACAUCUGGUUACAUGUGCAGGUGUGCUCUCUCUCUUCACCUCCACCUGUUACCUGUGGUCCGCGCUGCAGAAAGCUCCGCUGCACCUCAGUGACCGGCAGCAGUUCAUCACCCAGAUGCUCCAUGUGGCAGUGUGUGCGUACGUGCCGUCCCUCACACACUCCAGCCUGCAGCAGAAACAGGGCCUGCCGCUUCUGAACCAGAUCAUCAGCUGGACCACGUUAGUGUCUUCCAUGCUGGUGCCGUUGUUGAGCUCUACUCGUAUCUUCCACCGACUCCUCAGCAUAUUCCUCUCCCUCACAGCCACAUACCUGCUGCUCAGCACCGGGUCAGAGGCAUUGUUCCCCCCUAUGUUGUCAUGGCUGAUGUUUGUGUGGAUCAACAUUGAACAGGAAGCCAUGCUCGCUCAGGGCGUCUCUGGCAGACAAGAGCUCUCCACUAUCGAUUUCUCCGCAAACAUCGACAUCACCAAGAUCCGACAACUGAAGUUGGAUGACAUCAGAAGAUCUUAUUUUUUUGUAUUUUUUAUAAUAACAGCAUUCUUCGGGACAGGGAACAUAGCUUCCAUUAACAGUUUUGACCCAGCGUCUGUUUAUUGUUUCCUAACUGUCUUCAACCCCUUCAUCAUGGGAGGGCUCAUGAUGUGGAAGGUUAUCAUUCCUUUCAUUAUAGUGAUGUGUACAUUUGAGACCAUCCAGGUUGCAACACAGCUUUCAUCAAGAAGUUUGUUCCUAAUUGUCCUGGUCAUCUCGGACUUGAUGGCUCUGCACUUUUUCUUCCUGGUGCAGGACUACGGCAGCUGGUUGGACAUAGGAACAAGCAUCAGCCAUUAUGUGAUAGUGAUGUCGAUGACCAUCUUCCUGAUGUUGCUCAGCGUGGUCACGCACAUUCUCACCUCACAAAGACUCAUUCUGUGGAGGAGGCGCAAGACCCACUUCCCCUAAACAUGUAUAGUGCAACCAAGUGUUUUGUAUAGGUGCUUUUCAUUUAGCAUUCACCUUAUUAAGCCAGGGUUAGUUUAUAGGAGAUAUGGGAUAUUGUUUUACGAGUCAUUAUACUGUACUGUGCAGUCUCAAUUAGUGCAGGUUGAGAACAUUAUUCCUUUGUUCUUCCUUGUAUGAAUGUAAAUAAACACUAACUCCUUAGAUAGAUGGUUUACAUAGGACAUUUUCAAGUGGCUCGAGACUUGUCCAAGGUUCUGUUUGCACUGUAUUCUUUUGUACACUGAGUUGAUACAUUAUUGUUUUUACAUUAAUCAUUGACGGAUGGACUAAGGCCAUUUGAAUAACUGUAACUUAUGCCUUUGCCAAGGACACUGAUUCAUGAUCCACCAAAGAAAGGUCAACUCAUAACUGUUUUGAGUUUGUAUUUCCUGGGAAGCUACCCGAGACGUGUCAUGCUCACAAGGUAAGGAGAAGGGAUUUAUUUAAAAGAAUUGUGAUAAUAUGUUUGUAAGACUUAAAUGAAGGGAGUGGAUUGUAAACAGGAAUGAACCAAAAGAGACAUGUGUUUUGUACUAAACAUUAACAGAAUAAACCAGGUGCCAGUAUCAAUGUUAUGCUCUGUUUGUAGAGCCUGUACUCAGUGGGCAGCAAAGGGAUUGUGGGUAGCAUUUGGAAACUUGUAAAUGUCUGUACAUAAGAUUGUUAAGAUGUGUUUUGAAAAACCUAGGGAUAGUUUGUUUAAAUAAAUAAAAACACCUGGUUUUCUCUUG